GGCCAGUGUGGAAAUGUAUAUUUCAGGUGCAGUUCCCUAUUCGUCGCGAUGCCAAACAGCUGUCAAUCUGAGCGUCGCUGGACGCUGCUCCUCUGCCUUGGACUUGCUGCGCUGAUUCCCACAGCUGCUGCCAUGCGUUGCAAGGUGCCAUACGAGAAGGUGCAGGAACAUUACUGCUACUUUAUAGCUGACGGGGAGCCACUGAUGAGCUCUUUUAGCAACUUUUGCUAUCGGGAGAAGCGCACUUCGCGGGUCUGCCUGGACAGCGAGGCGGAGAUGCACGUCCUGGCCAAUUAUCUGUAUGCGAAUGGCUAUCAGGAUGGCACACAAUUCUGGAGCGCUGGCCAUCGCUGGCCGGGCGAUAUGCGUUUCUAUUGGAAUUACUUUGGACGUGCUCGCGCCCUCAACUACACCAACUGGUUGGAGGGGGAGCCGACUCCGCAAAUGGGUCGCAAUUGUAUGCUGCUCACGCUGCGAGCCGGCGAACUCUUUAUGACCACCGAAUCAUGCCACACGCGGGCCGUCGACAUCUGCGAACAGCUGCUCACCAAUGAGCCAACCAUAAUGCACUGACUUCAGAUUCUGCAGUUGUACAAACAUUCAACGCUAAAUGCCUCGCAAUCCAUUCGAAAUGGUUACCCAGAAAAAUGGUUUCAAUAAACUUGGGCAUUCUCGGUUCCAGUAUACUACUGUCCGGCUUCACUAAA